AUGGCGGGCUUCUCCCGGGACUGCCGCCCCCGGCGCGCCCUGGCGCGCUCGUCGUGCCGGGACUCCUGCGUCCAGUACGUGCCGGUGGGUAUGCCCCCUCGGAGCCUCCUGGACCAGCUGGUGGUGGACAUGCAAGACCACUUGGAUGAGAUGGAGAAGAUGCGCGUCGUGCUGGUGGACGCCUACCCGUGCCUCGCCACGCGCAACGAAGGCCGACGGCGAAGGAGCCGCGGCAGGAAGAGUCACAGGCGCUGCCUGGACGACGAGGACGAGGACGACGGCACCAGCGACUACCAGUACUCCCUGGACGUGACCGGCUUCGAGCCCGAGGAGCUGUCGGUGAAGGUGGAAGGCAGGAAGCUGACGGUGAGCGGCAAGCACGACAAGAAAACCGAGGGCACCGACGGCUGCGUCUCGCACGAGUUCCGCGAGGUGCGCAAGGAGGUCUUGCUGCCCGGAGACGCCAACAUCGAGGCGCUGGUCUGCAACUUCUCCACCGAAUUGGGGUGUCUCUCCAUCGAGGCGCCGCGCCUGGUCCCCAAGUCUGUCGGGGAGAGGACCGUCCCCAUCACCAUCCUCAAGGCUUCGGACGCCGGGACGAUGAAAGAGAUCCUGCCGGCGGAGGAGAAGGAGAAGGAGAAAGAGAAGGAGAAAUCGAAAUCGCGUUCUUCCACCCCGGAGAAAGCAGCUGCCGUCUGA